AACCAGCUCUUAUCGUAAAAUCUCUUUUUCUCUUUCGCAAUUGAGACUGAAACCUGGGCAUCGCAUCUUCUUCUUCUUCUUCUUCGCCGUAGUUUUGAUCAGCACUACUCUGUACUCUCCAACACCAUUCAUAAGUAACCACGAACCAGCAAAUGUCGCCGCGCAAGCCAGAGCUUCCCUUUCUGGACAAGCCCCUGCCGCCGCUCGCAGAAUAAGAAGAUUUUAUAUGGGACAUCCUCAUAUAAAUCCAAGAUACGAGUAACACCAAAAGGGAUAAGCCAGUAACGAUGCAAGAUAAUCCCUAUGCAUAUCACUUAGGGAAACACCCUUAAAUGGACCAAAUGCUUUUCAUUGAAGGGAAGCCAAAAGGUUGAUAAAAAACCUGUGGAAUCACUGUCUGAACUUGAGGAAUAAUUGUAAUUGGCUCAAAAACUGACAAAUUGCUCUUGUUGAAUCUUAAAAAAGAACAUGAGUAGCAUUAGACAGCAUCCCCUUGGGGGCGGGGGACAUCAAUUAUUGGACUAUCUAAAGCGCAUGCAAGCAGAGAAUCCAGCCUUCUUUUAUGCAGUCCAGAAUGAUAAUGAUCACUCGGCUGGUAAUAUAUUUUGGGCCGAUGCAACAUCUAGAGUGAACUACUCUAAUUUUGGAGAUGCUAUUAUAUUGGACACCACCUAUAAGACUAACCGGUAUCGGAUGCCAUUUGCCUCUUUCACCGGAUUUAAUCAUCAUGGCCUACCGGUGUUAUUUGGUUGUGCGUUGAUUUUAAAUGAAGCUGAAUCUUCAUAUAUAUGGCUAUUUAGGACUUUUCUCCAAGCCAUGUCUGGUCACUAUCCUGUCUCCAUUACAACAGAUUUUGAUCCUUUAAUACAAGUGGCUGUUGCGCAGGUUCUCCCUCCAACUCGCCAUAGGGUGUCUACAGGGAGCAUAUUCAGAGAGACCCGAGAGAGACUGGCACAUCUAUGGCUAUCCAAUCCUGAUUUUGAAACAGAUUUUCGGAAAUGUGUUAAUGAGAGUGAGACAAUUGAUGAGUUUGAGUCUUAUUGGCCAUCACUGUUGGAAAAAUACUGCGUCAUGGAUAAUGAAUGGCUUCAAUCCAUGUAUAAUGCACGGCAUCAUUGGGUUCCUGUCUACUUGCAGGAUACUUUCUUUGGGGAGAUUUCUAUGAUGGACAAAAAUGAAUGUUUGAAUGCAUUCUUUGAUGGAUAUGUGAAUGCUUCCACAACCAUACAGUUAUUGGUUAGACAAUAUGAGAAAGCUGUAUUAACUUGGCAUGAAAGGGAAUUAAAAGCAGAUUAUGACACCAUUAACACUAACCCACUUUUAAAAACACCAUCUCCUAUGGAAAAACAAGCUGCAAGUCUUUAUACAAGAAAGAUAUUCUUGAAAUUUCAGGAUGAGUUUAUAGAGACUAUGGCUAAUCCUGCUACAAAAAUUGAAGAUUCAGGAACUAUCACUACUUACCGAGUUGCUAAAUUUGGAGAGAAGACUAAAUCUCAAAUCGUUACUUUUAACUCUUUUGAGAUGAAAGCUAGUUGCAGCUGUCUGAUGUUUGAAUAUUCAGGAACUAUUUGUAGGCAUAUAUUAUCAGUUUUCAGGGCUAAGAAUGUUCUGAGACUUCCAUCUCAGUAUGUUUUGAAACGAUGGACAAGGAACGCAAAAGCUGGUGGCUUUUCAGAUGAACAUGCUUCUGAGUUCCCAAGCAGUUCUGGUGACAGUGUAACAGUUCGCUACAACAACCUGCGACAAGAAGCAAUCAGAUAUGUAGAAGAAGGUGCAAAAUCCAUCCAAAUCUAUCAUGUUGCAAUGAAAGCUUUGAAUGAAGCUGUUAAGAAGGUUGCUGCUGUAAAAAGUCAAAGUAUAGGAACUGCAGGGGGAGAUACAGUCUCUAAUGGAGAAAGGGAUGAAUUAAUCGCAGCAGAAGAAGAUGUACAUAGCUAUCAAUCUGCGGAGGAGAAGCAAAAGAAGAUCCGAGAGUUGACUGCCGAGUUAGAGACCACAAAUCAACGAUGCGAAGUUUAUAGGGCAAACCUGCUGGCUGUGCUAAGGGAUAUGGAAGAACAAAAGAUGAACCUAUCUGUUAAGGUCCAAAAUGCAAGACUUAGUUUGAAAGAGUGACUGCAUUCUUUUGCAGAGUAGGAACACACCCAACAAAACAUGUAUGUGGAAUGUAUUAUUGUGAAGUAGUGUAAUACUUGUGAAAGUGGGGUUAAUUUUUCAGUCCAAGACUCUAAGGCAUGGAUUUUCAAUGUUUCAAUGUUCAGUGUUUUUUGUUGUUCAUAUCAUUUGUUGUAUAUUUUGCAUCUGUUUUGUGUAGUCAUUUGUUUGUGCUUGGCUUUCUUUUUGUAUAAUAUUUCCUCUGAAUGUUCUUCAGAACCAUAGGGAGAGAAGAGAAGAAAAACGAAGCAGCAGUUACCUUAGUUGUGGUUAAAAUAGUAAUG